CAAGCCACCAUGAGCGUCACACUCCCCAACAUCCCAGCUACCUGUGCCAUUCAGCUGCCCACUCUCUCCCCCAACUUUCAAGGCCUCAUCGCCCUCGGUGGCACCCGCAUCGAAGCCGACAUCCUACACCUCUGCUGCCCGGACUACGACAACACGUAUAUCUCCCGUAACGACACGCCGUGCGCUCGCCUCGCUUCGUGCAGGGUCCAGACAUGCACUUUGGAGGAUCCGAGUUAUGCCUGUGUGGCGCGGGGGAGGAGGGAGUGGAAAGUACCGUAUGAUGCGACGUUUGAGUGUGUGGAGGGGACGAGGGAGAGU